AUGUUGAACAAUGACCCCGACCUUCAUGUGGACAACAUCUUCAGAGCGUUAGGCUCUGUUGGACGCUACCAACUGACCCAGGUCUCAGUUGGCUGUUUGAUUGUGUUCGUGUCUUCGGGACAGCUCCUCAACAACGUUUUCAUAGCUAGGGAAGUACCUCACCAUUGUGCUGUUCCCUCCAACGGAUCAUCUUUCUGGGAGAGAUACUCCAGUUUGAAUGGCUCCGACGUCACGUACGAGAAAUGUGAAGUACUCAUCACAAGAGGAAAUGAGACAGUUGGCAGAGAGCCGUGCCCCGAUGGUGUUGAGUAUGAAGUUCCUGAAGACAUUUCUGUGGCCUCUCAGUUCAAUCUGGUGUGUGAUCAGAAGUACCUGGGCAAGCUUUCCCAAACAAUGGCGAUCAUUGGCCAAGGAGUGGGCGCUUUCUUCCUGACCAUCGUCAGUGACCGAUUCGGCAGGAAGUUGGCUUUAGUCGGCUCUAACUUUGCAAUGCUGGUGUGCGGAUUGGCUGUGACGUUUUCUCAGAACUACCCCAUGUUUGCUGUGAGCAAGUUCUUCAUCGGAGUGUGCCAACAGGGCAUUCACGCCAGCAACCACACCUUUAUGCUGGAGAUGUUUCCACUAAAGGCCAGACGCGUCAAGAUUACUGUGGUCUUUUGGAUCCCUUACAAUGAUGAUCGUGUCCUACCUGCUACAGGAUUACGCCUGGCGGUACACUCAGCUUACCUUGACGCUUUUCUCGCUGUCAGCGUUCUUCCAAAUGUGCCAAUCUCCAGGUACAUGGAUGAAUCCAUUAGGUGGCUUAUCGCAAACGGCCGGUCAGAGCAAGCUCUCAAAUGUGUGAAAAGAGCGGCACGGAUGAACAAGAAAAAUUAUGACGUGGUGCUCAAGGCAUUCCAUGGGCACAUUCACGACGAUGAGCUGGACUCAGGCAACGACCAUCAGACUUCUCGGGGGGAGAAUCUCGAGGAGACAGAGAAGGAAACGUUGCAAGACGAAAAGGAAGCAGGCAGAGACAUCCAAGAGGCCGCCUCGGAAAAACUGACCAUGAUAAACCUGAUGAAAAAACCUCGGCUCUUGGCCAACACCCUGGCAGUAUGGCUCUUAUGGUUCACAGUUGCUAUGUCUUACUUCGCCAUUUACCUGACACUUGAGAGACUCCAUGGGAGCCUGUACCUCAACUUCGCCAUCACGGUUCUGGUGCCAAUACCUGUCAAGUUUAUCUUUUUCUUCGCUGUGAACAGACUUGGUCGCAAGGUGAUGACGAUCGUAAUGUACAUGAUCCUCGGGGGAAGUCUGCUUCUGUCUGGAAUCUUCUCCACACUGAAAGAUCACGAACACAGUGAAACGUUUGCCAAACUGGCUCAGGCCUUCUCCCUGCUGUCCAUGCUCGGAGCAAGUGGUGCGUUUGGAGCUAUCUAUUUCUACACACCGGAGCUCUAUCCAACCAAUGUCAGGAACCAAGCUCUUGGAAUCGCCUCAGCUGUGGGUCGUUUAGGAGGCAUGCUGGGACCUUUUGCAGGGAUACUGGCUGAGCACACGCCAUGGGGACCUGGGGCAGUGUUCUUCACUCUCUCAGUACUGGUCAUUCUACUGACCGCAGUGGUUCUGCCAGAGACCAAGACGAGAGAACUGCCCCAAACUCUGGACGAUGUACUGGACUGGUACAAGAAACCUCGUAGUGAAACCAACAAAAAGAAUGUGCCUAUAUAA